GGACUGAAAUUGUGUAAGCGCGCGGGACGCAUGUUGCCUUAAACGCGAGGAGGCGCUGGCUCCCGCCGAGCGGAGCGCUCAAGUGCCCAGCCAAUGAGUCAGUGCGGAGAAACGCUCGCCCCGCGCUCCCCUGCUUCUGCCGUCAAUACCGCAACGCUAAACUGCCUUUCGCUGCCAGUCGCGUGUUCUCUGCCGUGGUUCCGAAUCUUUAGAGCUGUAACAGUGACCACAUGCGGGAUGAUGCGUUAACAACAUUAAACAACGCUCCCUGUUCGCCCAACGCCUCACUCAAGAACAUUAACAACAGCGGAGACUGCUUCCUGUGGGCUUUGAAUUAAAGAAAAGCAAACCGAAUUUGUGCUUUGCUCUCGCUUUGGAAGAGUGAAGGCGCAAAUGGCCGGGGCACAGCCGGGAGUUCACGCGCUGCAGCUCAAACCCGUCUCAGUGUCGGAGACUCUACGGAAAGGAAGCAAAUUCAUGAAAUGGGAUGAUGAUUCCACUGCUGUGAUACCCGUGAUCUUAAGAGUGGACCCACAGGGAUACUUCCUGUACUGGACCGAUCAAAACAAGGAGACUGAUCUUCUGGACAUCGCCCACAUCAAGGACACCAGAAAUGGGAAAAACACGAAAACCCCUAAGGAGGCCAAGCUGCGUGAGCUGCUGGACGUGGGUAACCUGGUUGGGAAGAUAGAGAACCGGCAGCUGACCGUGGUGAGCGGUCCAGACAUGGUCAACAUCACCUACCUGAACUUCAUGGCCUUCCAGGAGGAUGUGGCAAAGGAAUGGGCUGAGGAGCUGUUUAGCCUGGCAUCUAACCUGCUGGCUCAGAACAUGUCCAGAGAAGCCUGUUUGGAGAAAGCAUACACACGCGUGAAGCUGCAGCUCAAUCCGGAGGGACGCAUUCCUGUAAAGAACAUCUUCCGGAUGUUCAGUGCCGAUCGAAAGCGUGUCGAGACGGCGCUAGAGAACAGCAGUCUGCCAUCAGGCAGGAAUGACUCCAUCCCACCUGAGGAUUUUACCCCUGAGAUCUACAGAGUCCUGCUCAACAGCAUCUGCCCCCGGCCCGAGAUAGACACCAUCUUCUCUGAAUACGGGGCCAAGAGCCGACCCUACCUGACCCUGGAGCAGGUGACGGAGUUCAUAAACAACAAGCAGCGGGACCCGCGCCUGAACGAGAUCCUGUACCCUCCACUGAAGCCCGAGCAAGUGCAGCAGCUCAUCGACAAAUACGAGCCCAACGACAACCUGGCACAGAGAGGGCAGAUGUCGGUGGAGGGGUUCUCCCGGUACCUGAAUGGAGAGGAGAACGUGGUCAUUCCCCCCGAAAAGCUGGACCAGAGCGAGGACAUGACCCUACCCAUGUCCCACUACUUCAUCAACUCCUCCCACAACACCUACCUCACAGCGGGGCAGCUGGCAGGUAACUCCUCGGUGGAGAUGUACCGGCAGGUUCUGCUGUCCGGGUGCCGCUGCGUGGAGCUGGACUGCUGGAAGGGCCGGACUGCCGAGGAAGAGCCCGUCAUCACGCACGGCUUCACCAUGACAACGGAGAUCUCCUUUAAGGAAGUCAUCGAGGCCAUCGCGGAGUGCGCCUUCAAAACCUCGCCCUUCCCCGUCAUCCUGUCGUUCGAGAACCACGUGGACUCCCCAAAGCAGCAGGCAAAGAUGGCAGAAUAUUGCAGAUCAAUAUUUGGCGAUGCACUUCUCACCGAACCACUGGAAAAAUAUCCUCUGGAGGCGAGUGCUCCCCUGCCCAGCCCCCAGGACCUGCUGGGGAAGAUCCUGAUCAAAAACAAGAAGAAGUCGCACAAGUCUGAGGGCAGCGGGAAGAAGAAGCUGUCAGAGCAGACCUCCAACACCUUCAGCGACUCGUCCAGCGUGUUCGAGCCGUCCUCGCCCAGCACAGGAUCCACCAACCUGGAGAUUCCAGACUCCGCCCUGCAAGCCAGUCAGGAGAGCAAUGACCUCAAACCCCACACAAUCAAAUCUACAGGGGAGGCGGAGGCAGAGAGCGAUGAUGACGAUGAUGAAGACGACGACUCUAAAAAGUCCUCCAUGGAUGAGGGCACAGCAGGAAGUGAGGCUUUUGCUACAGAGGAGAUGUCCACCCUGGUCAACUACAUCCAGCCCGUCAAGUUCAACAGCUUUGAGGCUUCCAAAAAAAUCAACCGCAGCUAUCAGAUGUCUUCAUUUGUGGAGACCAAAGCCCUGGAGCAGCUCACUAAGUGUCCUGUGGAGUUUGUGGAGUACAACAAGCGGCAGCUCAGCAGGCUGUAUCCUAAAGGAACCCGCGUCGACUCCUCCAACUACAUGCCCCAGGUCUUCUGGAACGCUGGCUGCCAGUUAGUCGCCCUCAACUUCCAGACGAUAGACCUGUCCAUGCAGCUGAACCUGGGCAUGUUUGAGUACAAUGGGAAGAGCGGGUUCCGGCUCAAACCGGAGUUCAUGAGGCGCCCAGACAAGCACUUUGACCCCUUCACUGAGAGCACUGUGGACGGGAUCGUGGCCAACACUUUAUCAGUGAAGAUAAUCUCUGGCCAGUUCCUGUCGGAUAAGAAGGUCGGGACGUAUGUGGAGAUCGACAUGUUUGGGUUGCCCGUGGACACCAGAAGGAAAGCGUUCCGAACGAAAACAUCGCAAGGAAACGCGGUCAACCCCGUCUGGGAGGAAGAGGCCAUCGUCUUCAAGAAGGUGGUUCUGCCUACACUGGCCUCCCUGAGGAUAGCGGUGUUUGAGGAAGGAGGGAAGUUCAUCGGCCAUCGCAUCAUCCCCGUGUCUGCGAUCCGCCCGGGGUACCACUACAUCGGCCUCAGGAACGAGAAGAACCAGGCUCUGACUUUACCUGCACUUUUUGUCUACAUUGAGGUCAAGGACUACGUGCCUGACACGUACGCAGACGUGAUCGAGGCGCUGUCCAACCCGAUCAGAUACGUCAACCUGAUGGAGCAGAGAGCCAAUCAGCUCGCAGCGCUCACUCUGGAGGAGGAGGAAGUUAUCAGCAAGGAGGUGGAGCCCAGUGGUGACGCACCGUCUGAACCCAACAGUGACCCCAAACCCGCCCCAGCAGAGAACGGGGUGAACCAUGCCCCCUGCAUCACCCCCAAAACGCCGUCCCAGAUCACUCAUGCUCCCCAGUCCACAGGGUCAAUGAAGCCAGUGGUGAAGACUGAAGACAUCAUACAGAGUGUGCUCACAGAGGCGGAGGCUCAGAGCGUGGAGGAGCUGAAGCAGCAGAAGGCCUUCGUUCGGGAGCAGAGGAAGCAGUACAAAGAGAUGAAGGACCUGGUGAAGAAGCACCACAAGAAGACCACAGACAUGAUCAAAGAGCACACGGCCAGGUACGCGGAGUUCCAGAACGAGUACCUGCGCAGACGGGCCCUGCUGCACAAGUCCGCCAAACGAGACGGUAAGAAAAGAGCCUCGUCCUACAGCCCGGAGCACCAGCUGUCGGCCAUGGAGCAGGAGCUGGCCGCGCUGGACCUGGAGAGCAGCCAGAAGAUGGCCGAACUGAAGGAGCAGCAGCAGAAGCAGCUCCUGGACCUGCGGCAGGAGCAGUACUACAGCGAGAAGUACCAGAAACACCAGCACAUGAAACAGCUGGUGGAGAAACUGACUGCUGUGGCUGAAGAGUGCCAGGCCAACCAGCUGAAAAAACUAAAGGAGAUCUGUGAGAGGGAGAAGAAAGAAUUGAAAAAGAAGAUGGACAAGAAAAGACAGGAAAAGAUAAAUGAGGCCAAGUCUAAAGAGAAAAACCUGACAGAGGAAGAGAAGCUAGAGAUCAACAGGUCAUACGUGAAUGAAGUGGUACAAACCAUCAAACGGUUGGAAGACGCCCAGAGCAGACGGCAGGAGAGGCUGCAGGAGAAGCACAAGGACAUUCGGCAGCAGAUCCUGGAUGAGAAACCUAAGCUGCAGAGCGAGCUGGAUCAGGAGUACCAGGACAAGUUCCACCGGCUCCCGGUGGAGAUUCGGGAGUUUGUGCAGGACACCACUAAGGCCGACCACGCCCACCUGCCCCCCUCCUCCACCAAUGAGAGGCUCAGUCACAGGGCCGGCCAAUCAGAGGAGGACAUCGAGGAGGAGCCCGCAGAGAAAAUAUUCGACACACCCCUCUAAUGCUCCUGUGCUGUGUCCUACCUGUACCUGGGUAACCUGGGGCUUGGGGGGAGGGAGAGUUUUGGGUUUGUGUGUAAGAACAGGCCACAGACUGGGGGAAAUAACUGUUUACUUGAACUACUCCAACAGAAAGAAGUCUCUUACUUUACCUUCAUUAGAAUGGUUUUAACUCAUACCUGUAUUUUCAGGUGGGCGGGGCUUCGGUUCAUCCAGAUGUUAUGACGUCACUUUUAUUGAUCCGUAUUAUUGUAAUGAGUAACAGAUUUCAAUAUUAACUAUUGACAUAAUCCUUAUUAAUAAAACAGCUGUGUCUGCUGUUGCUACUACUACUGCUAGCACCAUGCAUUGGGGCCUGAGGAUUUUUAAUGAGGAAACACGGCCUGUUUCUCUGGUCCCUGUGGUUAAAACCAGGCCUUGCCUGCUGUAUAUUUGCACUGAACAGGCUCACUUUGUUCAUAGAUAUGUGCCACUGCUGAUUCGUUCGUUUUUCAUUUGCCUUGUGUAUAUGUAUACAACAUUUUUAUGUUAAAUAUUUUUGUAGUUUUUAUUUUUCAUCUUUUUAAAAAUAUUUUGAUAUAUGAUUUGUAGAUUAUUAACCUUUAAUGGGAGUAAUUUAUGGUUUUGCAUUAGGACAGCAGAGUUAUGGUUAUGUAACGAAUUCUAAGCAUGUACAAGCAUGGUGUCGCACACAGGCGUAAAUGUUACCUGUGUUUUUUCUUAUGGUGGGGGGGUUCUUUAGCUGUAGAUGUGGAUUGAAGUGUAAAUAUAGAAGUCCCUCGCAGCAACACAAAGCACUUGUUAGCACACCGCUAGCAGCCUGCCAUUGGCGCUAGUGUAUCGCAGGACCGCGCAACAGCGCUAACGUGGGGUAGCGGUGGCGCUAACGGGGGGUAGCGACGGCGCUAAUGGGGGGUAGCUGUGGCGACCGGCGGCUCACAGAACGCCGGAUAGCGGGUGAACGGGGCGAACAAGUUGGCAUGGAUACGGGGGCCCUGGUCCCAAUAUGGCCUCACAUCUCAUCCCUUCACUCGUCCUUUAAACAGUCUGUACAGACCCGGAUAUCUGUGUACCAGGGACAAGCACACGGAACGUUUACGAUCAGCAGGUGAACCAAUCGAGAGAAACUCAUUACAAUGUUAAAGGUAUUUUUAUUGGCAUUUAUAUUAAGAAAUUGAUUCAUAUGGGUAUUUUGGUAUUGAUGCUGAUAUUGACGUUAGGAUACUGAUACUGAUAUUAGGUAUUAAUUCUGGUAGUGACAUUAGUGUAUUGAUGCUCAUGUUGAUAUCAACAGUUCGACCAAUAUCUCGCAUUCACGUUUGACAUGCAAAGAAACACAGGUGGGUAUUUAUAAAGUUCGUUCUGUUAUUGCUAACUCCCCAAAAUUUUUGGACAGAUAGUGAUUGCUUCCUGGUCUAAGGGAUUAACAUUGUGUGGGAUUACCUUUUGAUCCUUGAAUGAACUGCUGGAUUUCCCAGUCUUACGGGACAGUUAUAUUGUAUUUUAUGUUUGUUAUUAUUUGUGACAGAAUACUUAAAGAUGUGGUAGACUUUCUGAUACUGCACCCUUUUUAAAAUGCACAGCUCCAUCUGAGUUCUGUUCUUUUGCUUUGUUCACAAGGUUUGAAAAUUAAGGCCUUAAAUCCAUCUAUUCUUUUCAUUCAAUUUACACAGAUGUCAGAAUCACACUAAAGGUCACAUCAAAAUUUUAAGUGUUUUUUUUUUUACAUUUUCAGUAUCAUUUUUGUAAAUUUCAACUCGAUAUUAGUCUAUAUUGGAUUUGUAUAGUAUACUGUAGAAUUAUACAGUACCUUCAGUUACUGUAGAAGCAGCGCUAACUUGCAAAGGAUAACUGUGGGAGCUUGUACAGCAUAGCAUCUGUGCUUUUUUAAAUAAAACUAUGUACAGUGCCAUAAUAAUAAUCAUAAAGCAUAUGGUUUUUUUAACACCAAGGUAAGGAAGAACAUUCUGUUUCAUUUUUAAAUUACUUGAAAAAUAUGUUUUAAGAUGUUGAUUUGGUUAACAAAAAGGUUGUUUAUAAUGUGAAAGUCUCGUGCCUUGUUUGCUGUUGAACGUGUGAAAUGCAUCAUAGUCUAAACUGCCAUGGUAUAAAAUAUGAAUGUCUGUCUGAAUAGACUGUACCUGUGUCCACACUACUGACUGUUGCUUGAGGUUAGAUUAUGAGAGAGAUUUCAAAAUGUCAGACAUGUGCUGUGUCUUUUAAAGUACUGUUAUAGGUAAUAGUUUCCAUCAAUUAGUCUAUACAUGUGUGUGUAUAUAUAUAUAUAUAUACACACACAUUUUGUGUUGUCAAAUGUGCAAUGAUGUAAUGAUAUGAAAAAUACUGACAUGACAACAUAUGAGUGGAAAAGGAAGAGGUUUAACAUAAAUGUUGCUUUUGUAAAUUGCGUUUAGAUCUUUUGUGGGUGUUGUCUUACUUUGUGAUUGUAGCUCUUCACGGUAUGAUCCGUACAGAAAAUCUUUCGAUGGAGCUUGUUGCUCUUAUUUUCAAAAUGCAUUUUUGUCAAUAGGCUGAGGAGAAAGGAUUCUAUGCAAUAUUGUGGCAUGAUGACUCUUCCAUGUGUACAUUUCUGUUCUUUAAUCACAACCUCAUGGGAAAUGCUAAUAAAUAAUAUCAUUAACGCA